AUGGCGCCCUCAAAAGACAAAACCCCCAUCGAACUGGACGGCCGCACCCUCGAAGGCGGCGGCCAACUCCUCCGCAACGCCCUCUGUCUCUCCUCCUUAACCUCCACCCCCAUAAAAAUCACAAACAUCCGAGGAAACCGCUCCGGAGGCGGAGGUCUCAAACCGCAACAUCUCGCGUGCGUCAACUGGCUCGCCCACGCAACCAACGCUACCGUCGAAGGUGCCGAGAAGGGGAGUAAGACGCUCCUAUUUCGUCCAAAGGCUUUGGGGGAGGAGGAGCUGUCGCCGGCGUUCGAGGAGAAGACUCUCGAAAACGGCAAGAAAGUCUACGUGUGCAAACUCGAAAUCGGCACGGCGGGGAGUACAGGACUCGCAUUACAGGCCGUUUUACCAUUCAUCCUCUUCACGAAAUUCCCCGAACAGAGGACGGUAGUACUGGAAGUCAGCGGCGGGACGAACGUCGAUGGGGCGCCCAGUUACGACUAUAUCACCCACGUCCUCCUCCCAACCCUCUCCCGCAUCGGCCUCCCACGCAUAACAGCAACCCUCCAAAAACGCGGCUGGUCCACCGGCAACGGCCCAGGAAUCGGCUCCUUCACCCUCUCCAUCCCCCCUCUGACAACCCUCCCCCUGCCGACAUUCACAUACACCCCUUCUCCCUCCACCACCACCUCCCGCCCAGAACCCCCCUCCUCAAUCACGGCGAUCUUCCUCGCCCCCUCCACAACCCACACCCACAUCUCCUCCAUCCUCCCCACCACCCUCGCGCACCACUUCCCACCCACCAUCCCCCUGCACAUCCAAACAGAAUCCUCCCUCUCCGAAAAACGAAUCUACCUCCUCCUCCUCGCGCACUUUCCAGGCGACACACACACCCUCGCGAGCGAUCAUCUGUACGUCCGGAAGAUUCGGUCUUUGGAGCGCGCCACGACGGAGAUGGUCGAGUUGUGCGCUAAGAAAUUGGCUGAGGAGGUGGGGAGUGGGGCGUGGGUGGAUGGGUGGUUGAGGGAUCAGGUGGUGGUUUUUCAGGCGUUGGCGCGGGGGAGGUGUGUGGUUUUUCCGGGGUGGGAGGGGGAUGAGGACGGGGAUGGGGAUGAAGAAGACGAAGAUGGCGAUGAAGAUUCAGAAGGCGGAGGAGAAGUAGAAUCACGAGAACUACGAGAACCAACCCUCCACGCCCGAACAGCCGAAUGGGUCGCGAAGAUGAUGUUGGGGGUCAAGUUCGACGCGCAGGGAGUUUGUGAGGGGGUGGCGUUUGGCAGGGAUAGAGAGGGUGCCAAUGGGGUGGAAGAAGUGGUGAAGGGGUUGGAAGAGGUGCAGUUGGGUGAUUGA